AAAAUCCAUGGAUUUGACUUGAAGGCACACAACAGUAACAACAGCAAGAACACCAGAGCAGACGCUGUGAAUCUCCCAGCAAUUUUGGCCAUUGCUUGUGCUGGCCAGGGAUGCUGGGAGUUGCAAUUCAGCAAGGCCUGGGGCACCCUACACUUCCCAUCCCUGAUUCCAGUCCAAUAUUGUUUGCGUUGACUAGCCUUCCAGGGUUAUACUUAGUUCCAAGAGCUUCACUGGCUGCUGGUCUCUUUCCCAGCACAAUUCACACAGCUAGAUAUGACCUAUGAAACCCUACACACCUCAGACCGGGAUUAUCAGACAGACUGUAUCUCCCCGGAUGAGCUUUCAUGGAUCCCGAGGUCCACACAGGAGAGGUCCCUCUCUCAGUCCCACUGUCUUUGCAUGUAGCAUUUUACAGCGCAUUGUUUGACUUUUAGAAAAACUAUGUUAGCAUGUACAAAAAUCCAUCAGUGAUUUACAUCUAUGGUGCAUUUUGAGCUGGCCAAUGAAAGUAUCACUGAUGGAUUUUUGUGUGCAUUUGAUGUUUUCUGUGUCAGCCUCUGCCGUUUUUAGCAUCCACAAUCGUUAAAUUGGGUUUGAAGGGUGACUUUUUGUGUGCGUUUCAUUGUAAUCUUCUUAAGGCGUAAGCCGUUCUGAGUCUCAGUCUUGGGAAAGGGAGGGUAUAAAUAAAGUUAGCAGCAGCCACAACAACAACAACAACUGUUGUGCAGGUGUGGGAAUCUUGUGGACAACAACUCCCAUAGUCCUUCAGCCAUAAUGAUGGUGGUUUCUGGGAUCUCUUGUCCCAAACCCCUGUAGGUCCCAAGCUUUUUAUCUCUGCUGCUGCCAAGCCCCUUUGUGAUGCUGCCUUAGGUGCGUGUGUGUGUUGUGACACUGUGGGAGCAGAGGAGGCUGGGGUCAGGCCAACUCCAUUGGCUUCCAUGUUCCAUCUUGGGUUGGCCAAAUGGGUUAAAUGCUCUGCUUCCCCGCUCCACUGGUACAUGAACCCCCUUCACUACAUCAAUUUGUAUUUGCUGCUGGGUACCACUUUGUGGCUUGUUUGGAUUUUUGCCUCUAUGAACAGGGAAAGAGCACCCAAAGAGAAGCCCAAACCUGACCCUCCCAAGUGUCGCCAAGGACCAACCAAUGAAGCACAGAUGGCGGCAGCAGCAGCCCUGGCCCGGCUGGAACAGAAGCCAAAGCCUCGGGCCCUUUCAUCCCAAGAUGCCAUCCGAAACCAAGUGAAAAAAGAACUGGAGGCUGAAGCAGCUGCCAGUGAAAAGGGAGCAUGUGUGGAGCAGAAGAGUUCCAUGCCUGAUGUUCAGGAGAACCCAUCCAUCUUGUCCGUCUCGGGAGUCUACUUCACCUGCCCCUUGACUGGGGUCACUGUCCGGAAAGACAAAAGAGAUGCCCAGGUCAAAGAGGCCAUUCUUAAGCAUGCCACCAAAGACCCCGUCGCUGCUUCCAUCAUGGAGAUCCACACUUUCAACAGAGACCGGGAGAAGGUCAAGCUCGGCGUGGAGACCAUUGCAAAGUACCUUGAUAACAUCCACCUCCACCCAGAUGAAGAGAAAUACCGGAAAAUCAAGCUUCAGAACAAAGUGUUCCAGGAAAGGAUCCACUGCCUGGAAGGGACACACAAAUUUUUCGAGGCCGUUGGAUUUGAAAAGUCUACCCGGCCAGUGCCAGGGCAAGAAGAGACCACAGAGGACGUCUAUGUGUUGAAAGAGGAAGCUUUGGAGAAGCUGGAUGACCUGAAGGAGUACAAGGAGAAGCUUUUGACUGGUGAACCUGUCCGGGCUCAGCUGGACCGCCAGCGCCGGAUCUUCAAGCCUUCCCCUCAGGCCUCCCACUUUGAGCUGCCCAAUGAUUUCUUCAACCUGACAGCAGAGGAGUUGAAACGGGAGCAGAGGCUCCGGACAGAAGCUGUUGAGAAGGCCUCCAUGCUAAGGACCAAAGCCAUGCGGGAGAGAGAAGAACAGCGGGAGCUGAGGAAGUACAACUACACACUGUUGCGGGUCCGUUUUCCCGACGGGUACAUCCUGCAAGGGACGUUCUACGCCCGAGAGCCCGUCUCAACGCUUUACCAGUUUGUGCGGGAGACUUUGCAGAACAACUGGCUGCCUUUUGAGCUGCUGGCCCCUGGAGGCCAUAAACUGACCGACGAGAGCAUGGCGCUCAAUGAAUGUGGGCUGGUGCCCUCUGCGCUUCUGACCUUUGUGUGGGACGCGGACGUCAUGGCGGAUAUCAAAGCAUCUGGGGGCGAGCGCAUGGGAAGUGUGCUGAAGGCAGAUCUCCUCUCGUCCGUGCAGAUACUCUCCUGAAAAUAAAAACAAACAAAGCCCAGCCCGGGUUGGACCCCGGCCGUCAGGCCUACUUCUCCCGUGCAGCAAAAGGAAGCCACCUCAGCGAGUCUUGUGAUCUCUUUUGUCUUGUGAACACUAGAUGGGGGGAAAGACUAGAGAACCUGCUUUUUUCGAGCGUUUGUCAAUGAGCCAGAGCUUGAGAGCAGCCCUGGGGCAGAAUAGUUGAGGCUGCUUUGCUCCUCUGUAUCCGAUCGAGGACCCAACCUGAUUUCAUGUGUGUCACAGGGCUAUUUUUAAGAAGUGCUGCUUUUUCUAUUUAUGGGACACACAAAAGGUAUUGUCUAUGGUUUCCCUCAGAGGCUGUAAUCUCAAAAAUGAAGCUUUUUCUCUGAAUAGAUUUAACUACUUGCCCAAAGUGUCACAAAAAGUAUGCCAGCGACAUUCCCCAGCUGUCCUGAGUCUUGCUGCUUGGUGGCCCACAGAGCCGGGAACACUUCCUUUUUGCUUUUCCAAGCACUUUUGCACUCCUUUCUCCUAAACCAGGAGCCAAGGAUGCUCCCAGUUUAGUUGUCUCCAUUACAACCAGUCCAAUAAGCUGUUAGCCUGAUUAAAGGAAGUAUUGCCAGAUGGUCCCAUAUCCACAGAAGGCACUUUUUCUUCCUGAUCAGCAGAUAAAACAUUGGUUUGCAUCUGGCUACAGGAACACAGCCAGACCCUUGCAAUGGCUCUCCUGUUCCAUCACUAUAACUCACUAUUGUGUUGUGAAAGUCUCUCCCCCUACUAUCCCAUCCCUCUUGGAGAGAAUUGGAGAAGCAUCUUGCUCUGUCCCUGUAGCCAGAUGCAAAUCAAAGACAUCCGCAUUGAGAUUUGCUAAUGUCCUCCGUGGAUAAUGUCAUUGGUUUGCAGUUUGAGACAUAGCCAGAUGCUUCUCCAGUUGCUCUCCACUAGCUUUAGACAUUGCAAAGGGAGGAAGAGAAUACCAACUUCUGCAAGAAUACGUGUGCCAGUAAAAGGCGGACGUAUGUGUAUGUUGUUAACAGGAUGCUGGACUUCAAUUCCCAUCAGCUCCAGUGAGGCUGGGCAGAGGGGGGUUGUAGUUCAUCAAGAGCAGGCAGGGCAAAGGUUCUCUAAUCCUGGUUCUCAUACUGGAGGGACACUCUGACAUACUUGUACAACCUCCAUCCUUUUUGGUAAUGCUCAUGAACAUGCUUGUGGGGCAGCAUGUCCAUGGUAGGACAAUGGUGCAAUAAUGGAUAAAAAUGAAUUUACUCUAGUGUUAAUGAUUGUAAUAGACCAGCCAUUUGUAUUGUCUGGUACAGAUGCAGGAGCAAAGGUCUACCUUUGCUUUUGAGAGACGCUAGAAACCCGCUUCCCAGGGAUCUUCUGAAAAGACAUGGUUAGCACACUGUCCCAUCGUGUGGCAAGCAAUUUAGGGGAUUGUUUCUGUCUGCCAGCUUCUAUAGCCACUAAGGGGGGGGGGACUAAUACUAUGCCCGUUUCUAUGGCCUAUAUCUAAUUCUUAUUUCCAUUUAUUCAACAAGCUAAUCUAGUUGAGCAGAGAACUUAGGGUUUAGGUCAGCGGUUCUGAAGCUGUGGGUCGCAAUCCCUUUGGGAGUCGAACCCUUUUACAGGGGUUGCCUAAGACCAUUGAAAAACAUGUAUUUCCAAUGGUCUUAGGAGCUGAGACACUGCUCCUCUAUCCGUUGUGGGUGACAGCAUUAGGAAGGUUGAGAACCACUGGAUUAGAUUUUAUUAAGUUUUAGAAUGGCGUUAUGGUUGAAGAAAUCAACACUUUAUUUUGGGUUUGGUUUGAGGCAUUAAACCAAUAGUUGACUCCCUACAGUCAGGAGAGGAUGACACUUCCUACAAUCCCUGACUACUAAAGCCUCCUUGUCUCUAUAAAUCAUAAAGACUGGUAGUCUUGAAAAAAAGGGUUACUUUUUAAUGGAAGUAUUCCUUGAAGUUAACCAUCACUGACAGGUUUAUGAAAUACCUCUGGAGAGCUUUUGCCUGACAGAAGCAUGUCUGAACGCAAGUUGCUUGGGAAGACGCCUCCUUUAAUCAUGUCUUGUCUUUGUUGUCCUCUAGGCUGAUGUAUAAGCCUGGCUGGUGUGUAUUUGGUUCUUAAACAACAUGUUCUAAUACAGGAAGGCUGUACAGUUAUUGUUACUCAAUUUUAAAUUAAAUUUAGCUACCGAAAGGG